GAGAGUUACAGUUUUGACAUUCUCUGCCUCCUCCCCACUCGGUAAAAUGUAACCAACCUCAGGAUACAUGUAAUGAUCUGCUGUGGGAAGUAUCUUGCCAUUCUUCAACUUCUUCCUCAGUAGAAGGACUUCCAGUCAGUGCUCAGUGAGGAACCAUGCGGAAACUCUUACUGAUAUUUGGACUCUCUAUCCUGCUGGUGUCAAUCGCUCUAUUCUGUGGGCUGUUUUUUGGCCUGCGGUCUCGCCCCUCUCCAACCAGCGAUGUCUAUGGAAGAGCUGCUGUAGCCACUGACUCAAGGACAUGUUCUGAAAUUGGAAGAGAUGUCCUCAAAGAGAGGGGCUCAGCAGUGGAUGCAGCGAUAGCUUCACUACUUUGUACUGGACUCGCUAGCGCACACAGCAUGGGUAUUGGAGGAGGUGUGAUCCUGACAAUAUACAACUCAACAACCGGAAAAACAGAGGUUAUAAAUGCCCGAGAGGUGGCACCGUUAAAUGCCAAUGAAAGCAUGUUUGGAAAUAGCAGUCAGUUGUCUCAGAGAGGAGGACUUUCCAUUGCAGUACCUGGGGAAAUCCGAGGAUAUUAUGAAGCACACAAGCGGCAUGGCAGAUUACCAUGGAAAAGGCUCUUUGAACCAAGCAUUAAGUUGGCACGUGAGGGGUUUAAAGUAGGGUUGGGUCUAUCCCAAGGCCUCACAGCAAGCAAGAUUGCUAUUGAAGGGGACAAGUCACUAUGUGAGGUGUUUUGCAAUGCAGAAGGCAAAGUGUUGGAGCUAGGGGACACUGUGAAGCUACCCAAACUGGCAGAAACACUGCAAACACUGGCGGAUGAGGGUCACGAGUCUUUCUAUACAGGUUCCCUUUCCAAGAAAGUACUGCAAGACAUCAAAGAUGCAGGUGGAAUUAUUACAGAGGAAGAUCUGAGAACCUAUAAAGCAGAAAUCGAUGACAAUCCACUUCGUUACCAACUAGGCGACUACACUUUAGUCACCCCCAAUGCUCCACUGAGUGGUCCAGUUCUGGGUCUCAUGCUCAACAUCCUAAAGGGUUUCAAUUUUACUGAAAAGAGUGUUUUGACGGACAGUGACCUUGGGUUGACAUAUCAUCGCAUUGUAGAAGCUUUUCGAUUUGCCUAUGCCAAAAGAACUUUGCUGGCCGAUCCAAACUUUGUGAAUAUUACAGAGGUGUUAAACAAUAUGACUUCCGAUGCAUAUGCGUCAGAAUUGAGAGGGAAGAUCACAGAUAACACCACCCAUCCAUCAGACUACUAUGAUCCCGUAUUCUAUUUACCAGAAAAUCAUGGCACUGCACACCUGUCCAUCGUGGAUGAGGAUGGUAAUGCAGUCUCUGCCACCAGCACCAUCAACCUAUACUUUGGGUCCCAAGUUCGAUCUAAUGUGACGGGGAUAAUUUAUAAUGAUGAGAUGGAUGAUUUUGGUUCUCCUUUUAUAACCAAUGGAUUUGGAGUCCCUCCUUCUCCUGCAAAUUUUAUUAGACCAGGGAAACGACCCCUCUCUUCUAUGGUCCCUUCUAUUGUGUUGGACAAGAACAAUCAGGUGCACAUGGUGGUUGGAGCCUCCGGAGGCACUAAAAUUACCACCGCAACAGCUCUGGUCAUUAUAAACUCGCUGUGGUUUGGUAAUGAUGUAAAGAAAUCUGUGGAGGAAUCUCGGGUGCACAAUCAGCUUUUCCCCAAUGACACCACCUUAGAGGAAACUAUAAAUCCAGUUAUAGGAAAAGAACUUCUCAAACGUAACCACAAUGUAGUAUAUUCUAAAAGAGCAGGAUCAGUGGUCCAGGCUAUAGUACGAACUGGAAACAAAUGGGCAGCUGCUUGUGAUUCACGGAAGGGAGGAUAUCCAGCAGGCUAUUGAUCCAGGCCUUCAAAUAGUGACUAUGUAACUGGUGCCUCUACUUAUUGACUUUCUACAUCAUUUUACAAUGGAUUGGCUCCAACAAAGUCUUCUUGUUGUAAAUUAACUGGUAUUCCUGCUUCUGUUACAGGGAUUGAUUAUAGGACAAACUUGAACAAGACACAUUUUUCAGGAUCUACUAAAGAAAAACGAACACCAUCCUCUGCACUGACACUCCAUUCCACUAGAGGGGAAAAAAAAACUUAUGUUUGAAAAUGCAUGAAAUAAAUCUGCUCAACAAAGGGACCAAAGAAAACAUCUGGAUAUGGCCAUGGUCCACGACCACAUCUUUCAUGCCCAGGAUAAUUGGAAAUAUCUGAGGUUUCAGCAAAGAAAUAAAUACACUGGGCGAGUGCUGUAGAAGUUGCGCCAAAAUUUAUGCUGUGAAUCUGUGCCUUCUGUAGACUUUUACAAGUGUACCACUCUGUGAGCAGUACUGUAGGGGUGGGUUUUUUUCAUGCUGUUUUGGUGGGUCUACAUAGGGAGCUGAAAGAGCGUUUCCAGCUCAGGUUAAUGAGAAGCUGGCUGCAUUGUCUCUGUCCAAUAAAUUGAUCAUUUCAGUA